AACAGCCUUACUGGCUACCUGGGCAGGUUAUGAGUCCUACUAACCUGACAGAUCCCCCCCUCUCUACCGUGCUGUGUUUUGCUGUGCAAGCUUCUCGACAGUUUCUCGACCAUCGACGUCUAUCCAAGUCGCCUACCUAACCACCUACGUAUCCAAUCCUAAUUAUCCUACUUAUUUCAACGCUUGGUAGGCAUUAGCCGUUAAAUCAUCGAACCGUGGCCAUGUCAGAUACCGCCAACAACGACCGCGAUGUCGCCAACGAAGAUCCUCUUGUCGCCGAAGAGGGCAAUGACGAGGAAGAGAUUUCAAUUAUGAAGCGCCGAGUUGCUGAAAUGGAGCAGGAGGCUGCCAAAUUGCGCGAGAUGCAUGCGGCUCUUGAGGAAAAGAACCAGGAAGUAUCAGACGAUCGUAACGAUGUCGACAGCCGCAGCAUUUUUGUUGGCAAUGUAGAUUAUUCCGUCUCGCCCGAGGAGAUCCAAGCCCACUUCCAGAGCUGCGGCUCCAUAAACAGAGUUACCAUCCUGCUAGAUAAGUUUACUGGCCAACCCAAAGGGUAUGCCUACGUCGAGUUCACUGAACCCAGUCUCGUUGCGCAAGCUCUCGUUCUCAACGACAGCGUCCUAAAGGGCCGAAAUAUCAAGGUUACUCCAAAACGUACCAACAUACCUGGCAUGAGUCGCGGGCGUGGGCGUGGUAGAGGCGGUUUUGGGCGAGGUGUCUAUGGCGGCAGAGGCGGCUAUAUUCCUCGAGGUGGAUAUCGUGGUGGAUACCGAGGAAGAGGUCAUGGUGGCUUCGCCCCUUACUAAUCCCCGGUAGCCUUGUAAAGCAAGGCAAGAUCUUUUGAGUUUUGAACAUCGACCUUGGCCUGCUUUUACUUGAUCACCAAAUGUACUACCAAAACAAGGCGUUAUCGAAAGCGACGUAUAAUACCGGCUGAGAAAAAUUACAACCAUAAGCAUACUACUACUUGUGGCACUUUACUUUAAGUCAGUUCCAAGUUUCUUAUGGCGCUCCCGGAAAUAUUACGCCGUUACCUGCGAACACGAAUACUCAGUCUCA